GCGCGCCAGCCGCUCUGGUGCUCUCGCACCUGUGGUGCUCUCUCUGCCGCACGCCGCUUCUGGCUUAAUUGGCCCGUCGCUUGGAUCAAUACUGGUGCAAGUGAAUCGAAACGCAAGUCAGAGCUGGGCUCUGAGGCGUCGACGGCGCUGCAGCAAUUGCUCCAAAAGCAGCCUGCCAAAAAGACUAGAAUUUGUGAAACCGGCGCGCGCGGCGCUAAAAUCUGAGCUCGAGCAGCGGCGAAGGAGAGCAGCGCAGCGCCCAGUCAGGACAACGAGAAGCGCUGCGCAACUUCGACGAGUGUGCAGCAGCCACUGAUAGCAACAAGCCAGCACAAGUCCACAGCCAUCGCCGCGCCUACGCCGCGGCACGCCAGCUUAUCAAGGAUGCGGCUCCUCGCCGCCGCCCUCCUCCUCCACGCCACAAAGGCCGCGGUAACGACGCUCCUGCCGGGCACGGCCGAGCCCGAGUCGAGCGACUCCGUCAAGUUACUGAAAUGGAUCAACGAGACGGAAAACGGCUUCGUCCAUCCCACCCAUUCCGUGAGACGAUUGGGACCGGGCUUCCGCGGCAUCUUCGCCCGGACCCCAAUCGAGAAGGACGCGGUGCUAGCGGUCAUACCGUGGGAUUUAUGUGUCACGCACCCCAUGGACCAGGACGGCCACUGCGGCUUGUCGCGGAAGGCCGUGGAUGCAUUGGUGAAAGGCGAGACGCCCUACGCGAAGAUGCUCCGGGAGUACGACCCUAGUCUCCCGAACGACUGGCCGCCGAACGCUCGUCAAUCAUUAGAUGGGUUGCCGCCGGGCGACUGGGACCGGCAUUUGAAGUGGUUCGAGGCGGGGUGUCUCAAAAGAAAAGCAACCGAGGACGAGCGGCGGGGCAUGUAUCUGAUGGUGGCUCGCUCUGGAAGUUCUAGAGCUUAUGAACAGGGCGGUUAUUUGUUUUUGGCUCCUUUAUAUGAUUUGUAUAAUCAUAGAAAUGGCAAGUAUCACAACACGUUGGUGAAGGUCGAGGAAGGUGAAAGUAUCUCUAUCAUCGCGGGCAGGGACAUCAACGCUGGAGAGGAGAUUUUCAACACUUACGGCGAGGGUACGUUGGAGUUGUUCCGCGACUACGGGUUUGUCGAGCCGCUACCGCGGGUCUGGAACCUGGCUUCGUUAAGGUUUGUCGAGGACGAGGAAGGGCGCGUGACGUGGCCCGCGGCCGGCCCGCCGCGCGGGCCCGCGCGGGACGAGUUUUUGAAUAGGCUCGCCACCCUCAAGCGCGCGCUGAGCGCGCCGCUGCCUUCACCUGAUGAUGACGCGGAGGCGGCGUUGUUGGAGAGGGCGUCGGCGUUCAUCGGCGCGGUCGGCGGGGCCGUCGACGCGGCGACGGCGGACCUCGCGAACAACCGGCUGAGCGGGGAGCUCUAACUCUAGAUUCUGUA